GCGCUUGCGGCCUGUUCUAUUUGUGUUCGCCUUCGUCACUCGGUUCGCCUUCAGUCAGUCGAAAAGCUCAACCGGCCGCCCAGCGCGUCUUUACCGUCGCACUAAAAUUCAAGUAGCUCGCGCUGCGGGCGGCCAGUGCGAGCCAUGGCUGCGCAACCACCGCGCCCGCCCCCCAACAACUUACUCUUCAGCGGACCCCCACCGUCCUUACCUCGAGUACUUUUAGUGCCAAGUGACGCCUCGAAGGAUUAUGCUAAAACUGAUACUGCAAUUGAUGUAGUUCAUAACCAAAGCAACGAUGCAGACAACUUGGGUGAAAUAAACAACGUGGGUGUGCCUACUUAUGAUGAACUGUUUAGUGAUCAAGUAGAAAAAUACGUAUACGAAGAAGAACCUUUAAAGGAUCAACACUGUCACGAUUUUGAUUAUUUCCGUCGGGCGCGCAGUUUUGAUAUUUCUGAUAUGUAUGUGAUAAGUCACGAAAACGUCGACGAUCAUGCUUUUAGACAUCGGCGGUCCGAACCGGAUUUGUCAAAAUACGGUUUAUUUGUCGAAGCUGAAAUUUCGGUGCAACCUUUACAACCACCACCUCUUGUUUUAAACAAUCCUUUUUAUGAUGGUUCCUAUGCGUUAACAUCUAGUGACUUAAAUGAAAAUAUAGUUAUGUUACCAGAAAACUAUUUAGCAUUCGAAGACUCUUUUGUACCGUCUUGGGAUUACAAACCAGAAUAUAUUUUAAAUCAGGAAGUAAAUCCGCCAUUAUAUUACGAUGGACUUCCACUGAUACCGCCUAACGAUCCGUGGUCUUCAUACGGGAACUCAAACACUGCAUUCGAAUAUUACACACCUCAGUUCGAAAUACCGACUGAAGAUGGUGUACAGUACAUGCGAUUAAGUGAUUAUGCUAUACCUCAGUACAUGAGUCUUCCGAUGAUUGAGCAAGCGCCAAUAAGUUCCUCUAAUACGAAUAAUAAAGAGUCAGAAAUAGUAAACAAACAUAAUGGUAGUACAGAUAAUUUGAAAAAUGUAAUCAAUGAAAGUAAUAAAAUACAAACAAAGGCAAAUCCAUCUGUUUCUUCUGUUGCAACAAAUAUUCCAUUAAAGGAAGAGGAUAAAAUGUGUGCUAUAGAAUCAACCGUUAACCGAGAAUCAUCUAGAAGUGAAGAAUCUUUUAAUGCGGAUAUCUCUAUUGAUGCAACGUCUAGUUUGGCAUUUAUGCCUAGUAGUAAAAGUUCACAAAGACCUUGUGGGACAGAAGAUACCAGUGACGACACUUCUCCAUGUUCAACUGAUUAUCAUGAAGCUUCAGCGCUUGAUUUAGCUCAAAGCUUAGAUGAAUUAUCUUGUUGUGGUAGUACUGACUUCUCUCAAAGUAGAGAUGAACCAUCUCCAGUAAAUGAAGAUCAACCGAAUGAAAUCAAACAAAAUGCUUGCAAUGGCCCACGUAUGUCAGAACCAAAUAAACCACUGACAAAUGUACCUCUCAGUCAGUUACCUUCCAUUCCAUUUCACAAACAAGAACCGACGGAACCUUAUGUUCCAAUCAAUUCAGAGAAAAAUAGUAAUAUAAAUAAAAUAAAUUCUUCAACGAACACUGAAACUGUGGCGAGUGGUGGACAUGUUCCUAGUAAUAGUGUAAAGUUAACCCAGAGUGCAUCUAAUAACAAUAAUAAUAAAGUUCUAAAGCCACUUACGCCAGUCAAAUUUGUGAAUAAUGUAGAGACAUUAUUUACCAAGGGAAUCAAACAACAUCCUCAUCCUCCUGCCGUACCACCUGCUUGGCUGACGAAAACGCCUCCCGAUAAUCAAGAGAAAGCGACAAAACAAGAAGUACCUGAGAUCCUUAUUCACAACACUGAAGGAGAGAUGAAUAGCUAUGUCAAAAGUUCGACUUCAUCUACAAAUCAUUCUGUUACUGUAAAUAAACCACCUUUGGAACCUCAACCAUCGUGUUCUUAUGCGCCGCCUGUGCCUCCUCAACCUUCGCAACUUAAGCCUGAUAAGCAACCAAAAGAAGUAGAGAGCUCCCGGGCACGCUCCUCCGUCAAGGACGACAAGGACGGACAUCUGGUGUACUGGCCCGGAUAUGUCAUGGGAGCGAGAUACAAAAUCAUCGAGACGCUUGGUGAAGGCACCUUCGGCAAGGUGGUCGAGGUGAAGGACUUGGAAAUGGAGCACAGAAUGGCUCUGAAGAUUAUUAAAAAUGUUGAGAAGUACAGAGAGGCUGCAAAACUCGAAAUAAAUGUUUUAGAAAAGUUAGCUGACCUUGAUCCUGACUGUAAAAAUUUAUGUGUAAAAAUGUUAGACUGGUUCGAGUACCACGGACACAUGUGUAUAGCAUUCGAAAUGCUUGGACAAAGUGUGUUUGACUUCCUGAAAGACAACAACUAUCAGCCAUAUCCACUGGAGCAAGUCCGACACAUCGCCUACCAGCUCAUCUACAGUGUAUUGUUUUUACACGAGAACAAAUUAACGCACACUGACCUCAAACCCGAGAACAUUCUUUUCGUUGAUAGUGACUACGAGGUUGUCAGUGUUUACAACAGUUCCAAAAAGAAACAUGACCUCAGGCGAGUGAAGCGAAGUGACGUGCGACUCAUCGACUUCGGCAGCGCCACGUUCGACCACGAGCACCACAGCACUAUCGUGUCCACCAGGCACUACAGAGCGCCCGAGGUCAUAUUAGAGCUGGGCUGGUCGCAGCCGUGCGACGUGUGGUCGAUCGGCUGCAUCAUGUUCGAGCUGCACCUCGGCAUCACGCUGUUCCAGACGCACGACAACCGCGAGCACCUCGCCAUGAUGGAGCGCAUCCUCGGGCCCGUGCCCUACAGAAUGGCAAGGAAAACAAGAACGAAAUACUUCUACCACGGUAAAUUAGACUGGGAUGACAAAUCGUCAGCUGGCCGAUAUGUCAGAGAAAACUGUAAACCACUUCUGAGGUACCUGCAAAGCAACAGUGAGGAACAUAGGCAGUUGUUCGAACUAAUCGCUCGCAUGCUGGAAUACGAGCCCUCACAACGGAUCACGCUGAGAGAAGCUCUCAAGCACCCCUUCUUUAGCAAGCUACCACCUCACCAACGACUUGGAUACCAGUUAACAAGGCCGUCGUUUCUUAGGCAGUGACCGAGCGCGCUGCAAUGGUGAGAGCUCGGGGUCGCGCGAGCGAUCUCACUCGCUCAGUAGGUGAGAAGCGCCGCACCGGCUAAAGC